UGUCAGUUUCCAAGUUCUUGUGGAUUCAUAUCACAUUCACUCACAAACUCAAUACUAUCAAAACCGAAUACAGCCAUGUCUUCUCCUCUUCAAGAUAUUUCAAAUCAGAUUCCGGUAUCAUCUAAGGAUAGAUUUCAAAAUACAACAGAUAAUCCUCCAAAAAAAUACAAACGUGGAUGUGCUCCUAAAAAACAAAGUAUCCCACGUCCUAAAAAAAGAGGACAGAUAGAAUGUCCAGUUGGACUCUACCGGGUGAAAGCUCCACACAGAACUCAUCUCCAAUGAAUAUAGAUGUAAAUAAAGGGUCCAUAUGUAAUCCAUCUACUGCAAGAGUUGCUUCUAACAACAUUCGCAAAAAUUUCAAUUUUAUUGAAAUUGAAAAACAAACAUAUGUUGACCUCGGGGAUAUGAAUAUGACAUGUCAGUAUUGUGGAGCAAAACUAUGGCAUUUAGAACGAGCUGAAAAGAGUAAAUCAACUCUUGACCCAGAUUUUUCUAUAUGUUGUAGUAAAGGCAAAAUAUCUAUUCCUUAUCUGAAAGACUCCCCUGAAUUAUUGUUGAAGUUGCUUACUCAUAAUGAACCAAGGAGACGAAAUUUCCUUGAUAACAUUAGGUCGUACAAUAGCAUGUUUGCUUUCACCUCAAUUGGAGGGAAAGUUGUCAGCAGUGUUAAUGAUGGUCAUGGUCCUCCCAAAUUUAUUAUCAGUGGUCAGAAUUAUCAUCGGAUCGGAAGUUUGCUUCCCGAAGAAGGUCAUCCGCCUAAGUUUGCUCAAUUGUAUAUAUACGAUACACAAAAUGAAGUUGAAAACCGAAUCAAACAUUUCAGGUAUUUCAUAAGUAUUAACUUAGCUACAAGUUAUAUUAUAUACAUAUACAUAUACACGUUUAUGGUAUUAAUUAUCAUUAUCUACAACAGGAGUGGUAGUGGAAAUAGUAGUAUUGAUCCUGAUUUGGUGUCUGACUUGAUUAAAAUGGUUGAUGAAUUCAAUCGUUUAGCCAAGUUAUUUAGAAGAGUCCGUGACUAUGUUCAAGAGGGUGAAGCUGAGAAUGUUGCUUUGAGAUUAUUCAGAAGUUGUUCUCUUGAUCCCAAAACUUACAAUCUUCCAAGUGUAGAUGAAGUUGCAGCAUUAAUAGUUGGUCAUUUUGAUAGCUCUGAUUGUGGGCGUGAUAUUAUUCUACGUACAAGAAAUGGUCAACUGCAGAGGAUUUAUGAAAACCAUUCUUCCUUCAUGCCAUUACAAUACCCAAUUUUAUUCCCACAUGGUGAAAAAGGUUUCUCAGAGGAUAUUGAUUUUGCAAAUUCACAUAAUGUUAAUACAGAUCCUAGACGGGAUCACAUUUCAUUGCGUGAGUGGGUAGUUUUUAGACUUUUUGAAAGGCAAUUUGAAUGCAAGCGAAUAUUUCUAUCUAGACGAUUGUUCCAACAGUUUGUUGUUGAUUGCUAUUCCAGGGCCGGCCCUGGGCCUGUGCAAGCAGGCCCACAGCCCAGGGCCUCCAAAAAAGAAGGGGCCUCAAAAAAAAUUCUCAAAUGCUACGGUUUCUAAAGUGUGGCCUAAAGUGUUUAUGCAACAGUUUAGAAACCGUUGCCUUUUCCUCUGCUAAUGCUUUGUCUUGAGUUGCUUCCUAAAGUGUGGCCUAAAGUAUUUAUGCAACAGCUUAGAAAAUGUUGCCUUUUUAGACUUUUGGCCACGGUUUUUUGACUGGGGCACACGUCCGUUGCCUUUUCUCCAAAAACUACCCUACUUUGCUAAAUAAUUUAAAUAGAUAAUGUUUCUUAAAAAAAAUUAUUAAGGGUCCAUUUUCAUUAUUUGCCCAGGGCCUCCAAAAUGUCAGGACCGGCCCUGUGCUAUUCAAUGAUUGAGUCUCAGAGAUUGUAUUAUUACCGUAACAACCAAUCAACAAUCAGAAGACAUUUCUUGGAAGGAAUUGAGGAAGCAAUGAAUCGUGGUGAUACUAAUUCAUCAACUUUUGGAUCUAGAGUAUAUCUUCCUGCAUCUUUCAAAGGUGGCAAGCGAGAUAUGUUCAAUAAUUGUCAAGAUGCCAUGGCUAUUUCUAGAACAUAUGGUUAUCCCGAUCUAUUUUUGACAAUGACAUGCAAUCCUAAAUGGCCUGAAAUUGAACGGCAUGUUUCUCAAUACGGUUUAACUGCUUCAGAUAGACCAAAUUUAGCAUGCCGCGUUUUUCAUAUGAAAUUGCUUGAAUUCAUUGCUGAUCUAAAGAGGGGUGAUUUCUUUGGUAAAGCUGUCGCAGGUAUGUUUUAUGAUUCAAUUAUAUUAUAGUAAUUUUUAAAUUUAUAUUUCAUAAGUUUAGCAUCAAAAUAUAAAUCAUUUUCAAUUGUUAUGUUCUUAAUUUUAGGCACAUAUACAAUUGAGUUUCAAAAAAGAGGAUUGCCGCAUGCCCAUAUUCUUUUGUGGCUUAGCAUGGAAAAUAAGUUACGUUCUCCUAAUAUGAUUGAUUCUGUUAUAAGUGCUGAACUGCCGGAUCCUCUCCUCUAUCCUGAAUUGUUUGAAUGUGUAUCAAAUUAUAUGGUUCAUGGUCCAUGUGGGUUGAGUAAGAAAGAUUCUCCUUGCAUGAAGAAUGGUCGUUGUUCUAAAUUCUUCCCAAAAAACUUUGUAUCAACAACAUCCUUUGAUAGUGAUGGUUAUCUAAUAUACAGAAGGAGAGAUACAAAAGU